UCCAGUAGAAAUAUGAGGAUGUUCAAUGAUUUGGAUUUGGAUCAAGGAUUUCAAGGAUGCACAAUUUGUUGUGUUCCCAGCCACACAAUUUAAAGUGUAUCAGCAGGGGAUUAAUGUAGUAGGCCAAGUGUAUUUGCAUGUUUUAUAGCCCAGCUUUCAACUGUAAAUCUCAGUUAUAUAUUAGGUAGAAUGACUCAUAUAUAGGUUCAGACUACUUUUUCUCUUGAAGGUAAAAUUUUAGACAGAUAAUUUCCCAGAAUUAUAUGGAGAAACAAGUGACCUUUUUCAGAUGGCAACUCUUAAUAGGUACUUACAACCUCUACGUUUGGUGUACUUUUGGGCCUCUUGUUUUGAAAAACAAAAAGACGAAUGGCGGCCAUAUUGAAUUUACAAAUGUCUAUUUCCUUCCGGUCGUCAGUUACCGUAUGUGUUACAAACUGGUUUCUGCAAGAAUUUUAAGUAGUUUGCUUUUUGAUCAACUCAAUCUUAGUUAAAUUGAAUAAUUAGAAGUACUUCAUCAAACGAGUGCGACAUGAUUUUUUUUACAUUUGAUAAGAUUUACCUUUGUGACGACAGGACAGGCAAGCUCGUACCGUAAUUAGCGAAACGCAGAACUGUCACUUCGUAAUGGUGUAUUGUAUUGCUUUCACUCUAAAUGUCAAAUGUUAAUACUAACCUGUCUACUAAGCCACCCUAUGGUGAAAAUGUAGAAGAGCCGUCCGUGAAAAAGCUAAAGUCCUCCGACCUAGAAGGAAACCUAGGGAGCUCUUGUUCAGAUGUUCUCAGGUCAUUGUCUGCGAGUGAGCGGAGUUUUAAAGACAUCGACGGGUUGCGUUCUUGUCAGAACGGCCGGACAUCUCCCAAAAUAUCUAAAAGUGAGCCAGACGAUGGACCGACUAAACAGCCUGCCAGUGCCACAUUACCUUGUAGAAAUAGACAAGCCAACCCCAACAAAGAGGUAUUAUCUAAAGAUGGCUUUACCAGCACGUCCUUCAUUGGCCCUCUUUUCCGACCAGAGAUUGUUAAACCAAAAACGGAAAUCGAGGAUGAACUGGAUAUGUUCUACAAAGAGCUCGAACAGAUUGCGCCAGAAGAUGUAGACCUACCUGACGGCAACUGUAAUUCAGACAAAAGUACCAUCGCUAAAAAACAGCAAUACUCUGCUUCAGAACAGGAAAUCCAGUCUGACCUCAGCCAGCCUACCAGGCACUGUGGACCUUAUUCAGGCCAGGUGUGGCAAAAUAGACCACAUAAUCUUAGACACUUGCACCCUCACUUUCAACAUUGGGAUGCUUCAUGUCCACCUCCCUUGCAAGGGUCUUACAACCCAUUCCUUGGUUCUGCAGCAGCCAUGAGGCCUCUGAGACAUCUGUAUCGAUGUCCUUUCCCGCUCUUACCACCACCACCACCAAGAAUCUCGCUGUAUCCUCUAGUUCAUAGACCAAGGGACAACCUCAGGGGUCCAAACCGAGAAAGUCUUCAGUGGGAAAACAUGCCAUUUAAAUCAGGUCAUACAAAUCAGGGUGUCAACUGUGAUGCCUAUCAAGGCCAUUGCACCUUCAUUCCAAAUGAGUUUGGUUGUAAUGAACCCCACACCAACAAGGCUGAAUGUCCCCAGCCCUAUGGUCAGACGAGCUCUUUUUGUCAGACUAAUCCAGAAGAAUUUCAGAUGUAUCAACAGGCUCACCCCCAUCCUAGUCGAACAGUUGAUCCAGACUCUUUAAUGUUAAUAUUAAUGAGAGGAGCUCCUGGAUCUGGGAAAUCAACACUGGCCAGGGAGCUAUUGUGGUCUCGUACCAACGGACUGAUCCUAAGCACUGAUGACUACUUUCUUCAAGAAGACCGUUACUUCUAUGACCCACAACUUCUGGGAGAUGCACAUUACUGGAACCAAAAUCGAACACGAGAGGCAUUAUGUGAAUGCCGGUCACCGAUUAUUAUUGAUAAUACAAACAUGCAAGCCUGGGAAAUGAAGCCAUAUGUUCAAAUGGCUCUAGAGAGGGGAUACAUUGUGUGUUUCUAUGAGCCCAACACUAGCUGGAAAUAUGAGCCCUCUGAGUUAGAAAGGAGGAACAAGCAUGGUGUCCCAAAGCAGAAAAUUGCAAAGAUGCUGGAACGCUUUGAACUGCCCAUGACUGUGGAUAUUGUGCUAAACUCUCAGGAACCUCCACGACAGAGCGCUGGGCAUGCUUUUAAGCACCAGAGAAAAAGGAAGCAGGAUAUCUCAGAUUUUCAGUAGACUGAACUUUGAAGUUGAUCAUUUAUAAUACUUUUUUAAAAUAAAUGUUUUUAAUAAUGUUUAUGAAUUGUGAAAAUUAGAUUGAAUGUGAGCAAUUCACUAUACCACAAUUCACUGAAAAAUUGUCAUUCAGUGAAUCAUUGUUUAUUUUUUACUGUGUAAUGUGAAAGAUUUAGUUUAUAACUUCAUAUAGGCUACUUGUAUCACGAGGAAUAUAUUGAAUAAAAUACUUUACUUUAAA